GCAGCACUGACACUGGAAAGGUAUCCGGGCGCGUGCGGGGAGGGGGACAUUAUUCUACAUCACAUCACACGCGGCGUUACAUGGCGUCUUUUUCAGCGACGCACUUGCUCCGUUUCUGACCCACAGGAUAUGUGCAUGUUUUGACUCGCACGCGCCGAUCCGAGGUCUGUCACCAUUGCGGACACAUUGCAACAUGCAGUGAUGCUCUGACGCGAAGGCUAUGGGUUCAGGUGCAUCCUCUCCGAAUAUCAUCCGAGGUCUUUCGGCACCAUUCCGAUAUGCGUGAGUGUGUGGGAUGUAAAUAAGAGAAGCGCAUGAUGCAGCUUUCCCUCGAGGAUGUUUGCUGAUGGAGAGACUGACAUUCAUCUGGUUAUAAAAAGAAGAAGCUGGGACAUACAAUCAUUUUACCUUCUGGAUAUCAGCAAAACUGUCAGGCCAGAGUAUGCCAUCUCCACCAACUUACAGGAUUCUACGACCCCUCCUGCUCGGUAUCUUUCUGCUGGGAUGCUUCGUGACUCUGUUUUUAAUGUACAUUAAACCAUCAACAAGCUGGCUGUCCGGCCCCGUCGAGUCCGAAACCUCCACAGCCCGAGUGAAGAGCCUGCUCUCCACCAGAAGCGAGCAGAACCAGACCACCAUCCUGGUCUGGCUUUGGCCUUUCGGCGAAACCUACGACCUGAACGUCUGCAGUUCGCUGUUCAGCAUCGAUGGCUGCUUCGUCACCGCCGACCGAAACCUUUACAACAAAUCGGACGCCGUGGUCAUCCAUCACAGGGACAUCACCAGCGACCUAUCCAACAUGCCGCCGGCGUAUCGGCCCACACUGCAAAGAUGGAUCUGGAUGAACUUUGAGUCGCCGUCGCAUUCGUCGCAAUUACCCGGAAUUGAAAACUUGUUCAAUUUGACUCUAAACUAUCGGCAGGAUGCUGAUAUAGAAGUGCCUUAUGGAUCGAUUGUCGCAGCCCAAGGCGAGGAGGAUUUUGUGCCACCAAGCAAAACCAAGCUCAUCUGUUGGAUCGUCAGCAACUGGAACCCAGAUCACGUCCGAGUCAAAUACUACAACGAAUUGUACAAGCACAUUGAGGUUCAUGCGUACGGACAGGCUUUUGGCGAGUACAUCUCCGACCAGGACUACUUCCCAACAAUCGCGAGCUGUAAAUUCUACCUGGCGUUUGAAAACUCCAUUCACAAGGAUUAUAUCACUGAGAAACUGUACAACCCACUUUCGGUCGGCACCGUACCAGUGGUUCUCGGACCGCCAAGGGAGAACUAUCAAAACUUUGUUCAGGGUAAUGCGUUCAUUCAUGUGGAUGAUUUCCCGUCUCCAAAAGAGCUGGCUGAUUACCUGCUGUUCCUGGACAAAAAUGAGGAGCUCUACCUGAAGUACUUUGAGUGGCGCAAACACUUUAAGGUGAAAAAGGCAUACUUCUGGGCUGAGCACACAUGUUUGGCUUGCGAUUACGUCCGAAGGCACAAUGAGUACAAGGCUAUUAACAAUCUUGAUAAGUGGUACUGGGGUUAAUCCACACCUGAUCCACUGGACCAGCUUAUAAUGAAAGUUGCUUGACAGGAAGAGGGUCUGUUGCGAGCACUUACAGACUUUUAUUUUUGUAAAACUGCCCAAAGUAGAUGUACAAAUACUUGGUUGUUUGGUUUCAUGCAUUUAGGAAUAUGGAUGUGAAUCAUGCAUUUUUAAGGGUUACUAAGUACAUAUUUAUUUAUUAGAAAGAGAAAAAAUGAACUUUGACCAAAAUGCAUUUAAAGGGGUAGUGCGCUUAAAAAAAAAGAAAAGAAAACUCUGUCAUUUAUUCACCUUUCUGUUUUCUGUGGAGCACAAACGGAGAUAUUUAUUGAAGAAAAUCCUGAAUUUUAAUGUUGAAUAAGUACUAAAAAUGUACGAAAAUGCUAGAUUGUUGCAACCCAAUGUUGGGUCAAAUAUGGUGAAACCUAAUCAUUGGGUUAAAAGUGUCAUUUAAAUGUAAUUUAAAAAAUGAACCCAAUGUUGGGUUUGUCCAUAUUUGACCCAAUUUUGGUUUAUGAAAACACGGUAUUUUUAGAUUGUAUUUAUUUGGAAGGCUGAUUUUAAAGAAAGUUCUUGCUUUAAAUGCUUAAAAAUGAGAUAAUUCACCUAAAAAUCAUGAACGAGAUGUCCCAUUUUGGUAUCUGCAUCAAAUUGAAUUUACAAAAGACUUUUUAUAUACAUAGAAAGCAUAUUAAAAGCAAGUAAG